AUGACCCCCCGAGAUGACUCUCCACCAGCUUCGGCCAGAAGCGGAACGUCUCAGCCGCCAAAAGCAAACGCGUCGGAGCCCGCGCCAAAGAGACGCCGAGUCGCGCUGGCUUGUUCGGCCUGCAGAAUCCGCAAAUCACGGUGCAAUGGAGUGCGACCAAGAUGUGACACGUGCGACAAGCUGGGAUUUGAUUGUUCGUAUGAACAGCAAGAAAGUUCAGCGAAUCUUCUAGUUCCAAAAGACAUCUUUGCUGCCCUAGAGGCCAAAGUGAAGCUGUUGGAAACAAAUAUUGAACAGCAUAAUGUUAGACUGAAUUUGGUUGAGGGUACACUAAAAACGUCAGGAAGUUCUAGGCAAGAUGUCACGCUUCCACUACAUCACCAACCUGGAAAUGUGGUGCUCAACAUUGAUGAAAUACCAGAGAAUGGUGCUGGUCAGAGUAUGACUGAUGGCAUGGCUGUCUCUUUCGUAGAUGAGCAAGACUGUGGUUUCUUUGGUACGCCAGUAUGGUCUGCCCCUUUUGUUGUCCUCCUCUCAUUCCAUUCUCUAGGCCCGUCGUCCAACAUCGCGCUCAUGCGGCACAUAUUGCGAGCUGUCGACACAAAAAGGACACAACAUGGCAAUCAGACUUCAUUAACUCCUGCAUCGGAGUAUAGUGCCUACGAAGGUGGUCUAGUGAGUAAUCUGAACGCGUUUCCAGCAGUCUCCUUCGAGUCUCAAAAGGCGGGCGCCAACCUCCUACCGCCAGACGAGGUCAUGCAGCGUCUCAUCCGUGCGUACUUUGACAACACGGGGCUCUUGUUUCCGUAUAUACACGAGCAAGAGUUUCUCGACACCUACGAACGAUUUCGAGCAAGUGGCUUUCGGGGUAAUGUUCGCCGGACUUGGCUCGGCCUGCUGAACAUGAUUCUCGCAAUGGCAACUUGCACUUCGUGCUGGGAGGACUCGGGAAGUGAGACUACGUUUGAGGAGUCGGAUGUGUACUAUCGUAGGGCCCAGGAGCUUUGCCAUACACAGAUGUUUAGGGGGACUACUCUCGAAACAGUACAAUACCUCCUACUGACGAGUCAGUAUCUCCAAGGGACGCACAAGUCGGUUCAUACGUGGACCAUUCACGGCCUCGCCGUCAAAGCUGCCAUGUCUAUCGGACUCCACUCAAGAGAUAUUGCAUCCAAAUUCACUCCUCUCCAGCAAGAGAUAAGGAAACGCACUUGGUUCGGAUGCAUUUUGCUCGAUAGGUUAAUUUUCCGCAUCACCAAGACUACUGAUGAAAAUGUGAUGGCCCAGCUGACACAACUAUGCAGGAGUCUGAGCCUCACGUUUGGUCGCCCAUGUGCUAUACCAGAAGAGUACAUCCGUUUGGACCUCCCAAAAAUAUUUCCAGUACCGAUAUCGGCUUCCGAUGAAGUCCAUAAAAUGAGCACUGCAUUCUACAACGCCUCGAUAACUCUUUACAGGAUUAUGGGGCGAAUUAUUGGCUCACUUUAUGGUAGCAACCUUGGAUGUGAAGACCAAUCAUCAGAUACAGCCACAAUGACAUCGAUGAUUCAGUUCGGCCAGGAGCUCUCAGACUGGCAAAACAGCUUGCCUCAGCAUCUGGGCUUGCGUUCUGUGGAUAACAUGCCAGAUAAUGCGGAUGAGAAUAUCCAGGAUCCAUUGCGCGAAAAGUUCAGAAUCAUUCUCACGCUCAGAUAUCUCAACGUUCAACUCCUCCUCCAUCGCCCGAUAUUCAUUCGGUCUCUAGGUACUCUGCUCCGAGAGGCCAAAACGCCAUAUCGCAACGCGGGAUCCAUCAACAGCAUGCAUGCCAACUUUGACAGAGUCUUUGUCCAAGUGGCGGAAAACAUCAUAGAUAUUAUAUACACCAUUUUGACAAGACCCGAUCAUGGGCGCCAUUUCAUCGGCGCUUGGUGGUUUACUCUCUACUAUGCCUUUAGUGCAGCGUUGGCCAUCUUCGGCAGCUUGUUGAUAUCUCUCGGCGCUGAAGCUGGAAACGCUGGCCGCCUUGAAAGUGCGAAACGAUAUCUCGGCAAGACUUGCGAGGCUCUUCUGAAGCUCAGCGAUAACAACACCCUUGUCCUACGUUGUGUCAAAUUUGUACAACAACUUCUCCGGAUCGUGAGCGCCUGGGACGCGAGCACUGCGACCCAAGCCGAUCUUAACAGCGACUCUUUGGGAUCAUACUUGACGGCAGAAGGGGGCCCUCUUAAUUUCGACAUGGAGUCAGAUUUGUUAUCAACGAUGCCGACGUGGGAGACAUCAACGCUAGGGUUUGGGGAUGAGCUUGAGCUGGGUCAUUUCUUUGCUAGUGACUCUCAGCGGUGGUUUGAGCAGACACAAUGGUAA